AUUUUCCUUUUUUUUGAUUUUUGGUGGUUGUUGUUGUCGUCUUCCUUAUUAUCCAAUCCGUUUUAUUUGGUUUUAUUCCAUUCGGGUAGUACAAUUUUUUCAAAUUUUAUUUUGUCCUUUUAUGUCACAUUUUUUGAUUUUAUCCCUACAUAAAUCUAUCCUUUUAUUUACUUAUUAUUUUGUGGAAUUUCUUUUCUUUUCUUAAAAUUUUGUGAUUUUGGAGUUGAAAUUUUAUUGAUAGAUGAAGUGAAGGGAUGAUAUUACAAAGAAGCUAAAUUUUUGGAGAACCUAAUUUUAAUUCCAAUAAUUUUAUCCUAAAUUUCCGGAUUUUUUUUGUUAAAAUACAUCUUCAUCUUCUCUUUCUGCUUCCUUUUCCCUGUGAUCUAGGGUUUUAUUCCCUGCUCCUAUGAGGUAUUUUGGGUAGUUAGAGGUGCAGGGUUAAAUUUGCCAAUAAUCAGCCAAAGAUUGAGGUGGAUCUCCCAAAUUCCUUGAUUAUUUUGUUUGUUGAAAAAUAAAUCGUCCAUUUCAUUCCUUAAAAGGGUAAUUGAAUUUGACAUAAAGUGGGUGAAUUACUACUCUUUCUGUUUUUUUGGCUUUGAUUUCAAUUGAUUAAUACAAGUUUUAGUGGACUAUAACAAUAAGCCUUUAGUUUAAGUACUUUUCAUAUUAUAUGAUAUAGAAGAAAAAGAUUGUAGGUGUUAAAAUACAUUAGUUGUCACCAUAUGGCUUCUAGAGAAGGGGAGUGUUUGGUUGAUAUUGAAUAUGGUGGCACUACCUCAGAGGAAGAGGGGAAAACGUCGAUUAGGGCGCAAGGCGGGGUUGCAAGCUAUAAUGGAUUGACAACCAAUGUCACUGAGAUGGAUUUAAGGGAUAGUUUGUUGAAACCGAGUGAUAUUGGCGGUCGGGGCGUAGAUUUACCUAUUGAAAAACGUUUGGGAGGUGAAGAAGUUAGAGACCUUGCUGUUCUUUUAGAGAAGAAGAAUCCGAAUGAGCAUAGGAAAAAGGUGGGGUUGAAGAAUGCUUCGAAACCGCCUCGGCCUCCUAAUGGUCCAUUGUUGUUUCCAUCUGACCUGAAAUUGGUGAAGGAGUUUUCAGAGCUUGCUGCGAGGAAACGGGCUAGAAUUGAACGGAUUAAAGCGUUUAGGAAGAUGAAAGAAGCUAAGCGACCUGCUUCUGGUAGUAGCAUAACUGCACUGGUGAUAACUGUUCUGUUCUUCCUCAUUAUAGUCUUUCAAGGUGUAUUCUCUGGAAAUAGCUUAGCUAGGAAAUUUCAGGGAUCUCCUGCAGCAGCUGCAGCAAACGAGGGUUUGAUUUCGAUUCAUGUUUUCAACAAUGCUCCGACAUAUGCGAUGAAUCAACCCAUUUCUCUGUCGCCCGAUUCUUCGGAGAUGGCUUCUGGUUCGAUUCCUCUGGUUCAAGACGGUAGGGAUGCCGGAUAGAAAUUCUUGUUAGUAUUAGGCUAAUCUGACACUUCAUUUUUUUUUGAUAGAUGGAAUUUCUAACCUUUGAUCAUAUCUUUCCAUUUCCAAACCUAUGAUCGUAUUAUAAUAUGCUUAAGAGUUUGGCCUCCGAGAGGUGGUGUACAUAUUUGCAUCUCUCGAAUCCCAUCUUGCUAGACUCUGAUUUUUAGAUCAAGGAGCAAAGUUUCGGUCUUUUGGUUCGAAUUCGUAGUUGUGAAGUGUCGUACAUUUUCUCCUUCUAGUCGUCAAAGAUCUUAUAAGAUAAUCGACAUGCUAGGAGUACCAUUUUCUUGUAUCGUAUGUGUAUUUUCGUUUAUUUGUCUACUUUAUUGGCUCUUACCUUUCGUGGCUAUGUUCGUGUUGGCCCGAAGGUGGCAUUGUUAAUUAGCUGAUGCCAUUUUUGUUUAGAUUAACCAGCUACAUAAAUUUGUUGGAAACACUCUUUAGUGACGAUUUUGAUCUUAAUCUUAAUUCGUACAUAUUUUCUUUUGAAACUCGCAAUUUCUGGCUUUGCUAUGUAUUUUGGCCCAAAGUCUCGAAAAUUUGUUCAUUUCUAGCUACCUUUGCUAGAUUGUGUUCUUUGAUAGAGCAUGUAUAUCGGCCAUCGGGGUCUCAAUCAUUAGUUGUAUUCUUUAGCAACCAAAAGCAUGUGUCUAAGUACACUUAAGAACUUAAUUUGAAUGAUUAAGAAAAACACAUGACAUCUUAAUAUCAUCAUUAAUCAUCCCAUCAAAGUUGCUCCUUAAUGCAACGAUAUAAAUCAAUAACAAAACAAAAUCAGCCAUAAUUUCAUCAUACAAACUUGCCAACAAAAGAUUUGACGCAUCAUAAUCCAUUGAUCCAUCAAGAUAAGGUAGCAUAUAUUUUUUAAUCAUAUAC